AUGAAAAUCAGUAUUGUUGUCCUCUUACUUCUACCAACAGUAAUCUUAACUGACACUGCACCAACUCGAGCUGCCAGUGUUAAGGGAACUUUGCUGUGCGGUAAAACUCCGUAUGAAGGAGCCCAUGUUUUUCUUUUAAGAAUGAAGUCUGAAGGUAUGUGGAAGAUUGCUGAUUAUCUCAGAGAGUGCUCAAGCUAUGAAAGCGUUUUUAUAAAACAGAUUCUUGCAGAUAAAAAUCAAAUUUUGGAUAGUAGAAUUACAUCCAGAUUUGGAAUGUUCCAAGUAGACGGAAAUACACAGGGACGUGCACAGAACGAAACCACUUUGAUGCCUAUUUUACGCGUUUUCCACAGAUGCGAUGUUGAAGACAAGCACACUAAUCGAUAUAGAAAAUGGCAAAUGCAAAUUCCAUCUGAAUACGUCAGUAAUGGAAGACGAGCGCUGAAGGUUUACGAUAUCGGAACCCUAAAUCUGCAGCUGCAGUUUCCGAAGGAAAAGGAAGUUACCUUUGAGCCAACAAUGUAACU